CAGGGAAAUUCUGUAAGUUUUUUUAUUUUAAUAAUAUUUUAACAUUUCUAUUAUGAUUGCAAAAUGCGUAUUUCGUUCAAGUUUUGUAAAUAAAUUGCAACAAAAGCUUAUUAUUAUAGAGUCUAAUCAUAAUAGAAAUGUUAAAAUAAUAUUGAAAUAUAUAAAACUUGCAGAAUUUCCAGGGGGUAUAUUUCCUUGGAAUUUUUCUACGUGGGAAUUGAAACACUUAUCUUGUUAACGAAUUUUUUUAUUUUUCAUUUCAUUAUUGCUAAUCCUCCUAAUCCUAUAUAGAAUUGGUGGCAUAUGAAUGCUUAAUUUAAUCUUAUUUUUACAUUUUCAAUUUUAAUAGUCUAACUAAAAUAAAUGAACAAUAAGUGACUAUUUCAAUUAUUAUCAUAUCUAUAAGGAGUGAAUGAAUAAAUGAUCGUUAAUUUCGCCUAAAAAGUAUUUGUUGCGAAUGGAAAUAAUGGUUUGGUCUAAAAUAAAACUUGGCUCACGCAGGAAUAUAAACUAUUCGCCUCCUGGCAAUUAUUCCUUAUCUCUCGUUUCAUUGAAAGACGCGCCUCGAUUGGUCGGUAUAUUUGAAGAUCCUAAGAAAUCAUCCUCAUCAUCAAAGCCUCCAGUCACAAAUCGUCUUCAUUUUGCUCAACACACGCAUUAUGUCACGAACACAUGAAACAUAUUCAGUUCGAAAUUGUCCAUUUAAAAUUCACUGGCUAACAUCAAUGUUCAUAAUUUUUAGUUUAUGUUGUCUGUGGAAAAGUGGAUUCUUCUCAAUUCCAGUGUCAAGUGUUCUUGCCAAGACUUCUAUAAAAGUUGAUGUCUCCUUACCAAACACACCACUCGUCAUUUCUCAAGAAUUUUUCAACAGAAGUGUAAAAAAAUUGUCGGAUAAAAGUCGAAGAAAACUGCAUGGAUCAUUGUCAAAAUACAUGUUGGAACUGUACCAUCGUCGUCCUGACGCGGACAUUGUCAGGGCCCUUCAGCCUCGACACAUGUCUGCACCACUUUUGGAAGGCGGAAGGAUUCUGGAAUUCUUCAUUCCGGACACAAAGUCAGGAGAGGCUCUCGAGGCUGCUGAAUUGCUCGGCAUUGCUGGGAUGGUCGUUCGAGUGAGAUCACUGGAGAGUGGCGUCACGCAGGUUCAGAGGUGCAGAAGAGAUGACCCUUGGAGGGCUUUCGACGUGACCAAAGCAGUGUUGACGAGACAUGGAAACAUUGUGCGAUUAUUGGUGCAAGGCCCAGUGGACAUUCGCUCCGGUGGCGAAGGCCUGAUUCUGUUGUUGAAUUACACCAAGUCAAAGAGACGAAAGUCGAGAUCUGCUUUUGACGACGAGCAGGACGAUCAUAUUGUGUGGGGGGAUGAGGAGAGCAGUAACAGGCGACGACGGAGAAACAGUUGUCGAAGACGUCCACUGUACGUCGACUUCUCAUUGAUCGCCUAUGAUGAGUGGGUGGUCGCACCACCCGGCUACGAAGCGUAUCAGUGCGUUGGGAAAUGCUUCUUCCCUCUCGCGGAUCAUCUCAGUCCGACUAAACAUGCCAUUGUCCAAACUCUUAUCCACGGGGCUUUGCAGAAUAGUGAAGUGUUCAGUGGGAAACUAGUCAGCAGGGCCUGCUGUGUCCCCACGAGAUUGGCUCCGACAAGUUUACUAUAUUUAGACGAAACUGGAACUCUCACCUAUCAGUAUGGUUACGAAGAUAUGGUUGUGGCUGAGUGUGGGUGCCGUUAACUCCUUCUUUUCAGAAUUACUCACAGCUUCUUCAAAAUUAAUCCAAGCAACUAAAACGAAAAAUUCACUAAAGCAAAUAAGGUAAAAACAAUGACUACUGAUUUAAAGAAUUUUCUCUGCUCGACUCAUCAAGGCGACGACUAGUCUCGCAAUACACUUGAAAACUUAUUUUUUCACAAUAAUAUAUCUUCAUCCAGAAUAUCAUGGGAAGGUUCCAGUGAAAAUCAAGCUACUGAAACAUUAACGAUUUCUUUUAUUAAAUAUAGAAAAAACAUUAAUAAUGUAAUAAAUUUGAAAAGCAUGUUAAAAAGAUGCUAAAUGAAGGAUCAUAAUAAAUGAAUCCAGAUUUUGUCUCAUCGAUGCGAUUUACAUAAUUAUAUUGAGCAUUUCCUUUUUUAAAGUAAAUGAAGAAUUUUAAUAAUCUAGCGUGGAUAAAGACAGUUAGCAGG